AUGCUACAGAGGUAUCAUGCACUAAGCGACAAGGAAAAAACUAAGUGCAUCUAUGACUAUGAGCUGAUGCACAAAUUCAAGAAGCGCAUUGGGCGUACCACCUCACAGGGAAAGAUUCAAGAUUUCUCCCAUACCACUGCAAUUCUGGAAGAAAUUAUCCUUGAUCUUGACAACCGCAUUGGAGUGAAGGGUUUCUUCUGCCUUGUGCGUAGCAUCACGGAAUCUGCGAUCAAGCUGCGUUGGUGGUUUAGCUCUGCUGAUCUCAAACGCUUCUUGUCCAUUGGCUGGCACAAAUGGUGUGAUAGUAAGCAGAUUGGGAUGAUGGUUGAGGCAUUCACAAUUGCUGGCAGUUUUGUAUUGGGUGCAUCACAAUACCAUACUGGCACUAAUGCAGCCACUCGGGCUAACAGCUUGAUAGGUGUUCUGCGGACAAACAAGCUCAACGCUGAAUUUACCAAAGCACAGAUUUGGGAUAAGAUGAAAGACUUACUAGGUCAAUCCCAGCUUACUAUCACCUAUAUCCUAGUUACUGACUCUCGUGCAUCCAGCCGAUAUUACCAAAAACACUUCAGCAGGCAUGGAAUUAUUCAGCGCUAUGGAGUUGUGCUUGUCAGCUGGCCCAAGGACCUUUCGUUUGUCAAUCCCAGUGACCUGACUAACAAUCUUACCACUCUUGAGCUGCUGCUUCAAGCUUUGAACAAUGGCACUUGCCACUUCAUCUGUCCCACUGAUGCCAAGCUCUCUCAGAGGAAAGCAGCCUGGCUUGCCGGUAUAGCCAAUGGCACUGUUGAAGCCCCCAAGCAAAGGAAGAAGCGCAGCAAUGCUGGUAAACCGUGA